UUCGCAUAAGACACUGUGGAGCCAACCGAAUAAGCGUCUGCCUGCACUGACUGGAUCCUCUUUACCUAAUGAGUGUACGAUAUUCUACUGAAUACAAGCAAACUCCAGACAAAGUAUCAUACCAAGGAUUUUGAUAAAUACAUUCGGAUUAUUUAUAUGUGGGGUGCUGUGACAUAUCUGAAGAGGACUUUCAGGGGAACCUUGUUUUGAUAUAGAAAGAUGCCAGCGGAUAACAUGGAGAAAUCAUCUGGUUCUCCAGUUGCUGCCACGCCGGCAAAUUUGAUAACGACACCUGAUAAACCCAAGACCGCCACGGAGCACAGAAAGUCAUCUAAACCAAUAAUGGAGAAGAGAAGACGAGCACGCAUCAACGAAAGCCUGUGCCAGUUGAAGACCCUUAUUUUGAAUGCACUUAAAAAAGAUACCUCAAGACAUUCGAAACUUGAGAAAGCUGAUAUUCUGGAAAUGACAGUGAAGCACCUAAAAAAUCUUCAGCAACUUCAAAUGACCGGUGCUUUAAACACGGAUCCAUCAGUAAUUGGCAAGUAUCGGGCAGGUUUCAGCGAGUGCAUGAAUGAAGUCACGCGUUUUCUGUCCACGUGUGAAGGGGUGAACACCGACAUAAGGACACGACUCCUCAGUCACUUGGCAAGUUGCAUCGCGCACAUCAACGUGAUGAACUGCCCUACACAGCACCCGGUUCCCUCUUGCACUCCUCAUCCUGCUUUAAGUCAAGCAGUCCUGCAAGUCGCAUGUGCUUCCCCGCAGUUAAAUGGUUUGGUUUGCAAAAACGGUACGUCGGUAAGCAUCCAACCAGAGGUAGCUAAGGUUUACAGCGGAUUCCAGAUUGUACCUGCAACGGAUGGGAAAUUUGCCUUUUUGAUUCCAAGCUCGGCGUUCGGUGGACCGGUUAUUCCGCUGAACGGGCUGAGCACUGGCGGUGGCAGCAUGCUGCAUGCCUCUCCUCUUGCGCAGCUGGCCCCGGGGGACUCUGUGUGGAGACCUUGGUAGAGAAACCUCUGCUGGUCUAAGUGUUGGACGCUAAGGACGAUUGCAAUGUGCUGUAAAUUCUUGUAGCCAAUGUUUUCUUUGGCAUGGUAUUUUCUAUGAAGUAUUUUGAGAUUUAUAUGAUAGAUUCACUAAAAUGUACAUAUUUUUCGUUGAUACAAAUGCCAGUUUAUAUUUGAUGCUUCUUUGUAAUGUCAGACUUAUUUUCAUUAAAUGUUUUUCUGGAUCUGAAUAAAUGUUUAUAU